UCUCUUAAUAAUUAUUUUCAAACUGUGUAAAAUAAAAACGGACAUUAAAAUUCAUUCGCCUCGUUCGAAAAGGGAUGCUUUUGGGUGUUUUCAAAUUUCUUUCCUUUCUAUAACUUUUUCGUUUAAUAUGGGAAGACUUAUCACUGUUGCUACAUGUUCAUUGAAUCAAUGGGCAUUGGAUUUUGAAGGCAAUCUUCAACGUAUUCUUGAAAGUAUUCGUAUUGCAAAAGAACGUGGUGCUAGAUUACGCGUAGGUCCAGAACUAGAAAUCACAGGUUAUGGUUGUCAAGAUCAUUUUCUUGAAGGCGAUACUUAUCUUCAUUCUUGGGAAGUAUUGGCAUCCAUUUUGAAAAGUGAAGAAGCAAAAGAUAUGAUAUUAGAUAUUGGAAUGCCUAUUAUACAUAAAUCUGUCAAGUAUAAUUGUCGAGUGAUCAUCGCUGAUUGUAAAAUUGUUUUGAUUCGUCCAAAAAUUCACCUGGCUAAUGAUGGAAAUUAUCGAGAAAUGCGCUUCUUUUCUCCAUGGGUGACACGAAAAGUAGAAUCACAUCAUUUACCUCGCAUGAUUCAAAGAAUCACUCAACAAACCCAAGUUCCUAUUGGUGAUGCCGUGGUCAGUACUUUGGAUACUUGUAUUGGAUGUGAAACUUGCGAAGAAUUAUUUACUCCUCUUAGUCCUCAUAUUGGAAUGGGCUUGGAUGGUGUGGAAAUCUUUACAAAUAGUAGUGGAAGUCAUCAUGAAUUAAGAAAAUUGAACCUUCGUAUUGAAUUGAUGAAAGCAGCUACACUUAAGGUCGGUGGACUUUAUCUAUAUUCAAAUCAACAAGGUUGUGAUGGAGAUCGAUUAUAUUAUGAUGGAUGUGCUAUGAUUGUAUUGAAUGGGGAUAUUGUGGCUCAAGGAUCUCAAUUCUCACUUCGUGAUGUGGAAGUGGUGACAGCAACUGUGGACCUUGAAGAUAUUCGAUCCCAUCGUGCAAGAAUGGCUAGUCGAGGUAUACAAGCAAGUUUCUCUCAACCUUAUGAACGUAUUGAACUUGAUCAUGCUGUCAGUAUCGAUUUGGAUGAUCAUCUUCGUAUUCGACCCUCACGACCUCAAGCUCCUUAUUAUCAUUCACCAGAGGAAGAAAUUGCGUUAGGUCCUGCAUGCUGGUUAUGGGAUUAUUUACGAAGAUCAAAGACGGCGGGUUACUUCUUACCUUUGAGUGGUGGUAUUGAUAGUUGUGCAACAGCAGUCAUUGUGGCCUCUAUGUGUCGAUUGGUGGUGACAGAAGCUCAAGAAGGAAGUCAACAAGUGAUUCAAGAUGCUCGACGAUUGGCAAAAGGUGGAAGGGAUGAUCAAGAUCUUGAUAAUUACGUUCCAACUGAUCCUCAAGAAUUCGCUAAUCGUAUCUUCUAUACAUGUUAUAUGGGUACUGAAAAUUCUAGCAAGGAAACACGACAACGUUCAUUGGAUCUUGCCAAAAGCAUUGGAAGCUAUCAUACUGAUCUCAAUAUGGACGUCAUCAUCAAAGCCAUUCAAUCGGUAUUCUCUAUGAUAACAGGACGUACACCCAAAUUCAAAGCUCAUGGUGGAUCAACAGUUGAAAAUUUGGCACUUCAAAACAUUCAAGCUCGACUACGCAUGGUAUUGGCUUAUAUGUUUGCACAACUUCUUCCUUGGUGUCGUUCAAUUCAAGGUGGUUUAUUGGUGUUGGGUAGUGCUAAUGUGGAUGAAAGCUUACGUGGUUAUCUUACAAAAUAUGAUUGUAGUAGUGCGGAUGUUAAUCCUAUUGGUGGUAUCAGCAAGAGUGAUCUGAAGCGUUUUAUUGCUUAUGCUCAACAUGCCUUUGAUAUGCCUAUACUGAAAGAUUUCUUGGAUGCUACUCCUACGGCUGAAUUGGAACCUAUUACGCACGACUAUGUACAAUCCGAUGAAGUGGAUAUGGGUAUGACUUAUGACGAACUUGGUCAAUUUGGUCGCUUACGAAAAAUCGAACGUUGUGGUCCCUAUGCUAUGUUUACAAAACUGAUUCAUGAAUGGGGUGAUAAAUUGAAUCCAACUGAGGUGGCCACCAAAGUGAAACGAUUCUUUUUCUAUUAUUCGAUCAAUCGACACAAAAUGACAACCAUGACUCCAUCUUAUCAUGCAGAAGCUUACAGUACUGAUGACAAUCGGUUUGAUUUACGACCUUUCUUAUACAAUGCAUCUUGGAAUUGGCAAUUCAGCAAGAUCGAUCGUGGUGUAGCCAAAUUGGAUAAACUGGAAAAUCAAAAUAACAUUAACGACAUAGAUUAGAUCAUGUUAUUAUAGGAUGAUAGUUUAGUUUUAUUAUUAUUUUGUAUUAUUUCAAUAAACAUAAAUAUUGUG